UCCACAGGAAGUCGGGAAGGCUGCAUCCGGCUCCAGGAAAAGCGAGGGGGAUAUCCCAGUCUUUCGACUGCAUCCUGAUUGCCUCUACUGUGGUCACCUUUGGGUUAGUAGAAGGAGUGGGGAGUUAGUCGUUUCACUGUCUCCUCUGGGUGCGGUGACCAGUUCCCUGGGCUCUUUGGUUCGCGCGCUGUCCUGCGUGGCCCUGCUGAGUUGUGUGGCGCAGACUCGUAGUGGUUUGAUGGGCGCAGGCGCGGGAGCCACGGACGCAUUUGCAGGGGCUCCCGGGACAGGGCGGAGGAGCAGGCCGUCCUGAGGUUGGUAGAGUUUCCUGCCCAAGCUGAGAUGGGGAAAAGGAAGCACUACUUAGGGUGUGAUUUUACCUCGAAAGAAGGAAUCUCACAGUAGUGGCAAGAAAGUAAAAUAUCUCAAGGCAUUUUACCAUUUUCAGAGACCGUGCAAGGGUGGCACUUAAUUGGUCUUGAGUUCCCAGGGAGUGGAUGAAAUUCGUUAAUUGAUGGUCAGUGACUUCAGUGACAGAGCGAUAUUUAAGAUCCUGUCCUGUCCCAUUCGGUCUGUGUGAGCAUGCGGAAGUCAUGGGCCCCGGGUUACAUGUCAGUAAAAGUGGAUGUUGGUGUGUUAAAAAUUUAUAUCCCUUUAAAUCUAAUAUUCUUUUAAAUGAUUUCUCGGAAUAGUCCUUGAGCUUCUUGGAAAACAAGGGCAGCACUUUAUUCUGCCUUCUAAUCCUUACCUUCUAUAACCUGUCAAUGAGAAUUGAAAAAGUAAAUCAAACAGUAGAAUUGGGUGUUAGACUUUAUGUGCUUCUCUGGAAUGAAUAAUGGUACUAUCUCUAGAUGGCUUUUCUGCUGAGAAAGCUAGAGGGAAAAGUCUACACUUUCCACUUCCUAUCUCCACAGAAUAGCAUAUGCAUAAGCAUUGCCCUGGAGGUAGUGAAUGACGCUGUAUUUUUGAAGGACAAUUUUUCAGUCACCUGGCGCGGCCUGUGAGAGUGUGAGGGAGUGACGGUGACCCCAGAACAUGAGACAGUGAAAUAUUAUUCAAACUAAACCUAGCUGAAAAAACUAUAAUAUGGGUUUUUGGAAAAUAAACUUAAGAGAAAGACAAUUUGGAAGGGAGAUCAGUACAGGAGCUGUACAGCAGUGCUUCAAAAUAAAGUCCUGAAAAGGAAGAAAUGUCGUCUGUAAAAAGAACUCCGAAGCAAGAAAUAGUUACUCAGUUUCACUGUUCAGCUGCUGAAGGAGAUAUUGCCAAGUUAACAGGAAUACUCAGUCAUUCUCCAUCUCUUCUCAAUGAAACUUCUGAAAAUGGCUGGACUGCUUUAAUGUAUGCGGCAAGGAAUGGGCACCCAGAGAUUGUCCAAUUUCUGCUUGAGAAAGGGUGUGACAGAUCAAUUGUCAAUAAAUCAAGGCAGACUGCACUGGAUAUUGCUGUAUUUUGGGGUUAUAAGCAUAUAGCUAAUUUACUAGCUACUGCUAAAGGUGGGAAGAAGCCUUGGUUCCUAACGAAUGAAGUGGAAGAAUGUGAAAAUUAUUUUAGCAAAACACUACUGGACCGGAAAAGUGAAAAGAGAAAUAAUUCUGACUGGCUACUAGCUAAAGAAAGCCAUCCAGCCACAGUUUUUAUUCUUUUCUCAAAUUUAAAUCCCUUGGUUACUCUAGGUGGCAAUAAAGAAAGUUUCCAACAACCAGAAGUUAGGCUUUGUCAGCUGAACUACACAGAUAUAAAGGAUUAUUUGGCCCAGCCUGAGAAGAUCACCUUGAUUUUUCUUGGAGUAGAACUUGAAAUAAAAGACAAGCUAUUUAAUUAUGCUGGUGAAGUCCCAAGAGAGGAGGAAGAUGGAUUGGUUGCCUGGUUUGCUCUAGGUAUAGAUCCUAUUGCUGCUGAAGAAUUCAAGCAAAGACAUGAAAAUUGUUACUUUCUUCAUCCUCCUAUGCCAGCCCUUCUGCAAUUGAAAGAAAAAGAAGCUGGUGUUGUAGCUCAAGCAAGAUCUGUUCUUGCCUGGCACAGUCGAUACAAGUUUUGCCCAACCUGUGGAAAUGCAACUAAAAUUGAAGAAGGUGGCUAUAAGAGAGUCUGUUUAAAAGAAGACUGUCCUAGUCUCAAUGGCGUUCAUAAUACCUCAUACCCAAGAGUCGAUCCAGUAGUAAUCAUGCAAGUUAUUCAUCCAGAUGGGACCAAAUGUCUUUUAGGCAGGCAGAAAAGAUUUCCCCCAGGCAUGUUUACUUGCCUUGCUGGAUUUAUUGAGCCUGGAGAAACAAUAGAAGAUGCUGUUAGGAGAGAAGUAGAAGAGGAAAGUGGAGUCAAAGUUGGCCAUGUUCAGUAUGUUGCUUGUCAACCAUGGCCAAUGCCUUCCUCCUUAAUGAUUGGUUGCUUAGCUCUGGCAGUGUCUACAGAAAUUAAAGUUGACAAGAAUGAAAUAGAGGAUGCCCGCUGGUUCACUAGAGAACAGGUCCUGGAUGUUCUGACCAAAGGGAAGCAGCAGGCAUUCUUUGUGCCACCAAGCCGAGCUAUUGCACAUCAAUUAAUCAAACACUGGAUUAGAAUAAAUCCCAAUCUCUAAAUCUAAGAACUAAGCUUAGAGAAUUAUUUAAUAAUUUCUAAUAAUGCUCAUUCCUCAAGUGAUAUUAAAGAGUAUUCAGUACUCUUGAGAGUGUCACAACACAAAAUAUCAUGUUGGGUUUUCGAAAUAUUUUCAAAAUGUUCUUCUGUCUUAAUCACAAAUUCAUAUUUUUACACAUUUUUACAAUAUUGCCUCAGAUUAUGUUAAAUCUGGGUCAGCCUUCUCUGAACUUUUUCUUUCUUGGUUGUCCUUCACAGUUUUAUCUCACAAAACCAUUUUUCUAAUAAGAGGCAUCAUGUUGGAAAGAUGUUCUAGAAAUGUGCAUAAAUUUCAGUGCCUCUUGUAAGCAUUAAACUGAUGACGAAGUUCCUGAUUUGAGAAAUGAAACAAAGUAAUUUUAAUGAAUUUUUAGCUUGUAUUAGCUGGAGUUAGCUUGCAUUGAUUUUUUAGUCCUUUUGUUACCUUUAAGUUGUCAGUAUCUGGUUUUUGCUCAUCUCCCCAUUGUAGUCCCACUUGCUCUUUCCUGGGGGUAGCAUUGUUCUAGCAGUGGAGGUGUUAUAGUGUUGCCACUCGUCUAAUUUGACCAGUGUUAAGAAUUUUCUAAUUUAAUAAUUAACUCUAAUAGUGAUCUCAAUACCACACCCUCAUGGAAGGAGAAAAGCAUACUAUUAUACCUGGGACCUCUCUUUUAGAACUAAAAUUAAUUAACACAUCUACUUAUAUGUUACAUAUACCUAAAGCUGUUAUUAAGACAAAUCAAGAUUCUCUGUUUGCACUGAAAUUAAACUUGAAAGGAAUUCUCCUCAAAGGUCGGAUAUUAAAUAAGUCCCAGGCAGAUUUACAUAUUUAAUUUAAAACAUUGGCUUUAUUUCAUUUUGUGAUGAGUGAUGUAUCUGUGUUAGCAAAAAAUUGUGUAAUCAUUACCAAUACUGUUUAUUAUGCUCAAGUAUAUCUUGGCUUUGACCUUAUUUCAACACAUUCUAAGAAGCCUUGACAAAAUAAGUAUAUUUUAGAGCCGAAUCAGUAAGAUUCUAGAGAAAGCAAAACAUAGUAGUUCACAGUUUUGCAACAUAGAAAGUCACAUUUUGAAAGGCUAUUUUGAAAUUGAUUUAAUAGCUAUUAUAGUUUAUGAAUAUCAAAAUUUGUAUAAUUUGGAUCUUUGCUAAUGUAUGCUAGAGCUAGAAGAGACCUUAAGGAUAAUAUAUGAAAUUAGCUUUCCUUAUUUUAUACAUAAGGAAAAAGAAAUUGUGAAAGGUGAAUUUACCUAAUUAGUGAAAGUUACAUAACUAAUUAAUUACAACGGUCUGUACUAUAUAAUGCAGAGGACGAUUCUCCCUGUAAAAGGAACUAGAAGCUAUUACUAAAAAUAUAUAUAGACAAAAUUAAAAGAAGGAAUGAUUACGAAUUUAAUUUACCAAAUAUUGUUAAUUAAAAUUUUAGAUACUUAACAUUUAUUUAACUUAAAGAUAACUGUCAGAUAAAACUUUAUUUUACUAAUGAGCAGUGAUUUUCUUAGGAAUUGAUGAAGGCUUAUUGGUAUCAAGAAUUUAAACCAAAUUAAAACUGACACGGGACAUUUAGAUACAUAAUAAAAUUCGAGCUACAUAAGUAUAUGGAAAAUAAUGUACCUUGAUUAUUAUGAAAUAGAGCGUCUUGAAAUUCAGUUUUACUCCAAAUGUUCUUUUAAUACUUACAGAUUCUAAGAAUACAUUGUAAAAUUCCAGGUUUUCAUAAUGUUAAAAUAGGAAAGUAGAAUAUAAAGUAUCAACAAGUGUAGUUACACAUUUUGUUUUGGAUAUUUAAUCCUUACUUGGGGAAAAAUCAGCAUCUAAGUAAAUUAUUAUUUUAAUAACAACUCUUAAAUUGCCAACCUCUGAGAGGUGAAAAGCUAUGUAAAUAGAAGGAAUGGCCAAUUCAAAAGAAUAGUAGACGUGGUAGUGCCAUGAAUGUAUUCUACUGGAAAUGAAUGUAAUAAUACAUUAAAUUUUUAAAAUCUA